CGGAAACACACAUCUCGAUGGAAUAACUUCCGGGUGGGUGUUUGAUGCCGCUCAAUCUGAGCAGCGAAGUGUUCCAUUGAUUCUUUUUUAAUAGAUUUUUUAUUAAAAUGCGAUAAAAAAAAAGCGUCAGGUCCGCUGGUAAGAAGUUCCGGUUCUCUGACGGGGUUUGUCCGGAUCUCUGAGCAGAAAUGUCUUCGCUGUGGAGCCUGAGGCCGCUGCUGACGUCACUGGUUCACGCCUCCCAGCAGUCCUCCAUCUGGACGGGCCCCCUCCUCUCCAGGACCAUGGCCACCCUCAACCAGAUGCACCGGCAGGGGAAACCAAAAGUGCCCGUGAAGGCCGUGGGCGCCACAUUCGGCCGCCCGCAGCUCAAAGCGGUCGUGCUGAAGACCAUGAUCCGAAAGCCCAAGAAGCCCAACUCGGCCAACAGGAAGUGCGCCCGGGUGCGGAUGUCCAACGGCAAGGAGGCGGUGGCGUUCAUCCCCGGGGAGGGUCACAACCUGCAGGAGCACAACGUGGUGCUGGUGCAGGGCGGCCGGACGCAGGACCUGCCAGGGGUCAAACUCACCGUGGUCAGGGGCAAAUACGACUGUGCUCACGUGGUGAAGAAGAAGCAGUGAGGCGGCGGGAGUGUGCUCUCGACUGCUCCUUCUUCCGGGUGGUCACACAGAGUGUGGUCACACAGAGACUCCAAUUGCAGAGAUGAUGCGUUCAUGUCACAUGGGAAUUAUCACACUUAUCACAAUUUGACUUGUAAAUACCACUUGUGUCAACUUGUACAUCAGAAUUAAUUCUUAUUUGAUUUGUGGGAAAAACAAAUAAAGACGCCUCACGUCUGACAAACCCAGAUCUUCCUAGUGCAGUUAUUUUAUUAAUGCAAUGUAUAUGUACAGUAUAUAUUAAACCUUCUCAGUAAAACAUG